AUGCGACAGGUGUCCGAAAGUGAGCAGCAGGCCUUGGGCAAUGAGUACUACGAGGAACAAGACUCGGGCAUUCUGCCAAGCAACGGAAAUGGGGGACCCUCUGCUGACCAAGACGACCCUGAACGCCCACGACGAAGGAAAAAGCUACGGAGGCUCACUUACCAGCAGAACCUGAUAUUAGAAGGGUUUUUUGGCAUAUGUGCACACCCUGAUGACAGUCAAAGGAGGCACCUGAGUGGGGCAACAGGUCUUUCAAUGCAACAAGUGAAGUUUUGGUUUCAGAACAAGAGAACGAAAGCGAAGCUCACCAUUAAAUAUGCAUUCAUCAAUUAUAGCUUCCCUGUCAUAUCUUUACUUCUUCAGAAUGAUCUGGGAAAACAAGAGAACUAUGACCUGAUAGUGUACAAUAACAAGCUAACGGCUGAAAACAGGAAGCUUAAGGAGGCUCAUAGAAAUGCACUUUGCCCCAAUUGCAUUGGUUCGCCAUCACACCAUCAGGUCUAUGCUGAGAUGGAGAGGCUAAGGGAGACGAAUGUGUUUCUGAAGCAACAGCUUUCGAGGCUGCAUGUUGGAAUACAGCGAAGUUCAAGCAGUUCCUUCCAGUUUGGCAUGUCGGCAGAAGAUGCCAUUGCGGCACAAAACGAAACACUGAUUAUUGCUGUACUAGCUGAAAUUGCAAUGCGUGAAUUUGGCAGUUUGAUCAACACCAAUGGCCCUCUAUGGCUGCCUGUCCACGGUGGUUCACUUGAAAUACUGAACGAGGGGGCUUACGCCCAAGAAUGUGAUAUAACAAACAUGGCAAAUCUAAUAGGGUUCAGGACAGAGGCUACUCGUGCCGAAGCUGUGGUCUUGAUGGACCCCCAAAAUGUUGUGGAGUAUCUCAUGGAUUCUGAGUGCUAUGGAUCUUUCUGUCCGGGAAUUUUGUCCAGUGCAAAAACCAUUAAGGUCUACAGUUGGCCUAGUAUUUCAGGAAACUACGAUGGGGCUAUGCACUUGAUGACUACUGAGACGGUGUUCCCGUCGCCACUGGUUCCGUCUAGGAAAUGCACAUUCCUGAGGUGCUGCAGGGAGCUGCCAGGUGGAGCAAUGGUCAUUGUUGACAUGUCUCUGGACGACGGUGGUGGCAGCUCCUUCAAAUGCUGCAAAAUGCCAUCAGGAGUACUGAUCCAGCCCAUAAUGGCCAACAGCUGCAAGGUGACAGCCAUAGAGCACGUUCGAGUAGUUGACACCGGCCUUCACGAGCUCUACCAGCCAUGCCUGACUGGGCUCAUGUUCGGAGCUAGGCGCUGGGUGGAGAGCAUGGCGCGGCAGUCAGCCCGCAUGAGAGCUCUCUUCGAUGUCAACGUUAACUAUUCAGGCAGAAAUGUGUGCCCAAAGGGCAAGAAGACCCUGAUGAAGCUAGCAGACAGCCUGGUUGUGAGCUACGCCAGGAGCAUGGCCAACCUCCCUGUGGGAGCAUGGACCACCCUGUGUGGCUCUGGUACAGAACAGGACAUCAAGGUCGCGCACAAGAGGAAUGACGACGGCAGCAACACCUCCGUCGUGUCUGUCAGCGCCUCGUUCCAUCUGCCCAUCCCACUCAGGGUCACAUUCGAUCUGCUCAGGAACAACGUGCUGCGCGCAAAGUGGGAUGUGCUGGCGAGCGGCGGUGCCGUGAGGGAGGAAAACCUUGUCUGCAAAGGCACAGGAUCCAAUGAUAACGUCUCCAUUUUGCAUGUCAAGGCAGCCACGGGGGAUAAGGGAAACCUCAUGAUCCUGCAGAACAGCUGGUAUGACGUGUCGGGUUCCUUCAUCGUGUACGCCCCCGUGGACAGCAUGCUGAUAAACAGGAUCAUAGGCCCCGGGGAUGUGGCUGAGGGCGAGCUGCCCCUCUUCCCCACCGGCUUAGCCCUCCUCCCUGUUGGCGGGACGGCCCUGCAAGGACAGGCUCCCCUGGGCGAUGACGGGGAAACUAUUGUCACCGUGGGCUUCCAGAUCCUGGUCAGGCAUGCUCAAGACGACGUGUUUUCUAAGACUCUGCAAACGGCCGUCGCUCUCAUGGCUGACAACAUCGCCACCAUCAAAAGGACCCUCAUCAACAGCCACCCCAUCUUCUACCGCAGCAGCGGCUCUACCGCUCCAUUCCUCAACUAAUGUACCCAAGGUAGGAGAAAACACAGGGGAGGCGCAAGCAAUGCUUGUGGGAGCACAUCAGACUGCGUGGAUGAAUUAUCAGCUCAGAUGGCCUGCGUUUCUCCUGCCGUUACCAUCAUACAGUAUUUUACUUCCUCAUUCUCGUAUUAAAUGUCACAACUUUGUUUAAAUACGCACGUAUCUAGACGCGUUUUGGUGUGUAGAUACAUACGUAUUUAGACAAAGUUGCGACACUUAAUAUGGGACGAAGGAAGUAGUUAAGUUUCCUUUGCUAUUCGCAACUUUCAGCUUAUAAUAAAAGAACCUGAAAUAAAUGUUCGAGAACCAGACCUAUGUUAAGUUGGUGCCGCAGCGUGCUGAUCCGCUGCCUUAUGUAACCGUACCGUUUCUGUUUGCUGCUGGAUUUGCUAUGUUAUGGAUGCUAUUUAAAUUCUAAAUUUCCCUUUUAUUUCA